AUGAAUAACUGGAGGCAAACGGUGGGUAUUAUCUACUAUCCCGACAAUAACUACACCAAUAGUCUCAUGAAUUCAGUGCGGAAUCAAUUGAGAACUGAACUCUAUAGGGAUAUACAUCUAUUGGGUGUUAACAGUGACCAAGAAUUGCAAUCAUUACUGAAGAAAUCGAUUAAAACUGAAUAUUAUGAAGAAAUUUAUUAUAAUAUUAAAUAUGUGUUUGGCGUGAGUUUUACUAUGGAUGACAAGGGGGCGAUUGAGGGCCGGCCACCCAAACACCUCAAUUAUAAGAUUACUGUGUAUGACAACCAUUUUGAAAACGGGGAUACCUAUCUUUACCCGUUCCCUUCGGUGACUCUACUGAAUAAAAUGCAAAGCAGAGGCAAACCUAUUUUAGAGCACAUUGGGUUGGAAUCCCUGUCCUGUUUACUGCCUACUAAUGUCCUGUUUUGGUUCAUUCAUAUAUGUGUUGGUCUGGAAUUGAAUGCCAAUUCUGGCGCCGAUUGGGUCCAUAAAUUGAUUUCAAUCAAGAAAUUAAGCAAAACUUAUAAAUCAAUGAUUGGUUUGAAGAGAGAGAAUAUUCUGAAAGACAUUGAUUUAGACGUCGAUAACAACACUAUUGCUGUAAUUCUGGGUCCAAACGGUUCCGGAAAAACAACUCUUAUUAAUAUAAUUACGGGAUUACUAGACUUUGAAGGAAAGGUGACAAUCGGUGGACACGAUAUCACACGAGAGACACAAUUGGCUCGAAAUGAGUGCGGAAUUUGUCCGCAAAAUAACGUUUACUUCAAAUACUUGACAAUUAGAGACCAUUUAAUGAUUUUUUCACAAUUGAAGCAAACUAUACGUCAAAGUAAUGAUGGAUAUAGUGGUCAACAAUUGAUCCAAUGGUUAGAUCUCGAGGAAGAACUAAACAAAGAGGCGUAUCAUCUGUCGGGCGGAACACUCAGGCGAUUGGUUUUGGCGAUGGCUUUCGUCGGACGCAACCGAACCUUAAUAUUAGACGAACCGACGGCUGCUUUGGAUCCCAGAGUCAGGCGAAAGGUCUGGGAUCUGAUCAUUGACUCAAGAAAAACGAAAUCACUUUUAAUUACUUCUCAUGACUUCGAAGAAGCGAAUAAACUUUCGGAUCAGAUCUACAUUAUAUCCGAAGGAAAGGUAUGUUUCAAUGGAUCCCCUCUUGAAAUGAAAAAUCAAUUCAAUUCCGGAUAUCAUUUGAAAAUUAAAAAGAGUAUUGAAUUUCAAACGGAAAACAAAAUGACAGAAAUUAUUGGAAAAAGUGUUGAAAUUAAAAGUUUAGUCAAAAAUGAAUUGACAGACAAUGAAGAACUGGUUUAUGAACUCAACUUUGAAGACAGUCCUAGAUUUGGCAAAAUGUUUGAGGAUUUAGAGCAAAAUGAGAGUAUUUUAGCCAUUAAUGACAUUUCCUUAAGUAUGACAACCCUUGAAGCCUCUUAUGAGAAGAUUGUCUCAAAACACGACAACAAAUCAAUUGAUAAUUUUAGUAAUAAUAAUGAAUUAACUAUUGAUGAAAAUAAUGAUAAUCUACUGAACACUCAAUCACUUAAUAUUCAAUCAAAACAUAACUCAUAUCUAAAUCUCGUUUUAAGUCAAAUCCACGGAAUAACUGUUAAAAGAUUUAAUUACUUGUGCCGACAUUUCACACAAUUAUUUACAUUAAUCAUAAUUCCCGUCAUUUUCAUUGCAAUGAUAUUCAUAACAAUCGAUAUACUCUUUGCACUCAAGAAAAGCUAUAAUUAUCGGACAGAAAUUGAUUUAAAAAGUGAUACCAUUUAUGGAAACGGAAUGAAAGGUUAUGCUCAAGUUUUGAUUGAUAAUGACAUCAUUCAAGAGGAUCUUGGAAGUGAUUAUCACAAAAACAUUCAGCCAUCACUUCUGGAAUAUUCUGGUCAUAGUUUACUAAAUUAUUUCCAGAACUUAUUAUUCGGUGUAUCAGCUAAUAUUACAAAUAAUAAUACCGUGUCCAUGUCCAUGCACAUUUGGCACAAUUAUUACGCCUAUCAUUCACUUCCCAUUUCUCUGAAUCUAAUGACAAACGCUUUAAUAAAAUAUUUAACUCAAGACAACGACUACGAGAUUAGUGUCAGUAAUAAGCCAUUAAUGAUUGACUGGAAGGGGAGGGAUGUAAAUGAAUAUCACGAUCGGGAACAGACUAAAGAUAUAUCGAUUGCAACCGAUUAUAUCGUGUUUUUGUGUAUAUUUUCGUUCACUUCUGCCGCAUAUGUCUUACAACCGCUGACUGAAUGGAGAACUCGAUUCAAAUUAAUUCAAUUCAUGUCUGGACUCAAUCCCACUCUCUAUUGGGUCUCAAACUUUGUAUUUGACUUCACUAUACACUCAAUCUGUUCAGCAGUUUAUGUAUCGAUUUAUUACAUGUUUGACACAAACCAACUGUUGAUUGGCACAGAAUAUUCUGCAAUCUCUCUCUAUCUAUCAUUUAUGUCAUACGGAAUGGCAUUCAUUCCGUUCGCAUAUUUGGUGUCAUUUAUGUUCUCAAAGCCGUCGACGGGUUUUACAUUCAUUUCCUUAUAUAACAUAAUCGCCGGAACCGUCACAACUUUUCAUAAAACUAUUGUCAAAUUAUUUAAGAAGUUGUGGUCUCUUAAGAAUAUUUUGGCAAAUCGUGACACAAAUGAUAUUGAAUUACAAGAAGUCAGUGAAUGUCCGCCGGAUGUGAGGGAAGAGAGGGAAAGGGUAUCACAAGUGAUAAGAAGUGGAGACUUUGAAAGCUAUUCACUAAUUAUCGACAAAUUGACAAAACGUCUAAACAAGAGGACAGUUAUGCCAAAUGGGGUGUCAUUUGUGGUGAAAAGGGCUGAAUGUAUGGGUUUAUUGGGUUUGAAUGGUUCGGGAAAGACAUCACUAUUUAGG